AUCGUUCGUUUGCGUAUUGAAACGUUGAAAUGGUUGAAACGCCCGCGCAGUGUUCGACGAGCAGCUUGUUUGUGUGAGUUAGCGGAAGCGUUGUCUCAGGACGACUAUGCCUAACUGUUGUUGCGUGCCGGGGUGCCGUUCCGGCUACAAGGGAACGACCAAGAAGGUGUCGCUGUUUUCUCUACCGCUAGACAAGGAGCUGCGCGAGAAAUGGAAGCGGGCCAUACCGCGGCAGGAGAGCGGCGGCUUCAACUUCGACUCGAAGUACACGCGUGUGUGCGCUCACCAUUUCCACGCCUCGGACAUUGUCACUGCGUACGAUAUUAGCAUCAACGGCGUCGUCGUGUCCCUGGAACGCGAAAAGCCAACGCUGAAGGCUGACGCCGUUCCAAGGAUUUUCAAAGGUCUUCCAUCGUGUAGGACGCGCAAACCUCGGACCCGCUCGCCACGCGAACGACCACGGGAGCCGUCGCCCUGUUCUGACCGCACCGGUGCUGUAUCAGCGAAUGACGAUUUGGCACUGACCAGCGACACGGUGGAAAUCAACCGCACGGACGCAGCUUGUCAGACAGACCUCGUGGUUGACAGUGCCGGCUGUGAUGAAGUGCGAAGGUUGCAGUGCAAGCUUCGAGCCACGAAGCAGCUGCUUCGGCAGUGCCAAAGAAAGCUUGCCGAAUAUCGAAAGCAGAGAUUGCGCUAACUUGCGUAUAUGCCUGCGGCCGAAUGGUCGUGACAAGUGGCAGCGCUGGCGCUUUGUUGCGAAUGCGCGCGGGUUUAAUUUCACACAAAUGUUAGAAAGCUGGACCUAUCGUAGUGUUAACACGAAAGGCGCUCGCCCGGCCACGGCAGCCAUAUUUCGAUAGGGGCGAAGUGCAACAACACACGUUUGCAUGGAUGGACAGCGUAGCAACGUCAAAGCGGGCACCGCCUUUGCAAUAGGUCAUUAUGGCUCAUUUGAGCUACUGCGGUGCCGACCUGUCUCGGAUGUUUUGACAAGAGCAAUUAUGAGUUGCCGUAAACCCUUUCCUGCCCGUCUGGGGAGAGACGGAAGAAGUCGCCCUAUAUCCCCUCCUCCCUGCCUGACCGCAGGAACUUUGCUGCAUCACGGCCGGUCUGGAGGCGCGCGCUAGGAGCAAGCGCGUGCCUCCAGACCGGCCGUGGCUGCAUCAACGAGUGCAACGACCCCUCGGCGACAGUGCGUUAUUGGCUGGUGUCAUGGUGGGUGGUGUGUGUGAUUGACUACAAUCAAGAACGAGGAGCCAGUCUGAGGGGUUAUAGUGGCGGUGCUGAGUGAGACAAGACGCUCUGAGCGCUGGGUUAAUGGAUCAUCAGUUCGCUCGUCGCUGAACUCUUACCUCUUCACUAUGUAAAUGUGUACAAAAAGUGCCAGUAAAUCU